AUGAAAGUUGGGAAUUCUGUUCGCACUUGUGGCAUUGAGGAAGCUGGACGAUGUGGUAUUUAUGGUGCUAAUUCUCCUGAGUGGCUUAUCAGUAUGGAGGCAUGUAAUGCUCAUGGACUCUACUGUGUUCCUUUAUAUGACACCUUAGGUGCUGGCGCUGUUGAAUUCAUCAUUUGUCAUGCUGAAGUUACAAUUGCUUUUGUGGAGGAGAAAAAAAUUCCUGAGCUGUUGAAAACUUGUCCAAGCACAACAAAGUCCUUGAAAACAAUUGUGAGCUUUGGUAAAGUUACUUCUCAACAGAGGGAAGAAGUGGAAAAGUUUGGUGUGGUUAUGUAUUCUUGGGAUGAAUUUUUGUUAUUGGGAGAAAAUAAGCACUUUGAUCUUCCGGUGAAAAAGAAAACCGACAUUUGCACAAUAAUGUAUACCAGUGGAACAACUGGGGACCCCAAGGGUGUCAUGAUAUCAAAUAACAACAUUAUUACUCUAGUAGCUGGAGUUAAGCGUUUGCUAGGGAGUGUGAAGGAAGCGGUGAUUACAUCACAUAUAUUUGAUCGUGUUCUUGAAGAAUGCUGCAUCCAUCAUGGAGCAUCAAUAGGACUUUGGCGUGGGGAUGUUAAGUUAUUGGUUGAAGAUAUUGCAGAGCUAAAACCGACUAUUUUCUGUGCAGUUCCUUGGGUAUUAGAUAGAAUUUAUUCAGGUUUGAAGCAGAAGAUUUCUUCUGGGGGUUUCAUUAAACAAACUGUGUUUAAUUUUGCAUAUUCUUUAAAACUACGUAACUUGAGGAAGGGGAUGAAAUAUACCGAGGCAUCUCCACUUGGUGACAAAAUUGCUUUCAAUAAGAUAAAAGAAGGGUUAGGUGGCAAUGUACGACUUAUUUUAUCUGGAGCAGCACCUCUUGCAUCUCUUGUCGAAGAGUUCCUAAGAGUAGUAUCGUGUUCUUACGUUCUUCAAGGAUACGGUUUGACAGAAACUUGCGCUGGUACAUUUGUCUCCAUACCAGGUAAACCACGUGGAGAAGUAUGCAUUAGGGGAGAUACUUUAUUUUCAGGAUACUUCAAACGUGAAGACCUUACUAAGGAAGUCUUAAUUGAUGGCUGGUUUCACACAGGGGAUAUUGGUGCGUGGCAACCAAAUGGGAGCCUGAAAAUUAUUGACCGCAAGAAGAACAUUUUCAAGCUCUCCCAGGGAGAAUAUGUUGCAGUGGAAAACUUGGAGAAUAUUUAUGGUCUAGUUUCUGAUAUUGACUCGAUAUGGGUUUAUGGUAACAGCUUUGAGUCUUUUCUGGUCGCUGUUGUUAACCCAAAGAAGGAAGCAGUUGAACAGUGGGCUGCAGAGAAUGGUAUAUCAGGGAACUUCGAUGCCCUUUGCAAAAAUGCCCGAGUGAAAGAAUUUAUACUUGGUCACCUUACGAAGAUUGCAAAAGAAAAGAAGUUGAAAGGUUUUGAAUUCAUUAAAGCCUUGCAUCUCGAUCCCGUGCCAUUUGACAUGGAACGGGACCUUCUCACCCCAACAUUUAAGAGGAAGAGGCCCCAGUUGCUCAAGUACUACCAGGGUGUCAUCGACAAUAUGUACAAAAGUGUGCGAAAUAAGCAGACUGCUUGA